AUGCCAGUACCCGUAUCGAAUGCCAACUAUUUUGAGGUCUUAGAUCUCCAACCCGAUAAUGCUGGCAUUGAGGAUAUCAGAGGCGCAUACAAGAGGCUUGCUUUGAAGUGGCACCCUGACCGCCAUACUACUGAUAAAGAAGAGGCACAACAGAAGUUUGUUGAGAUCAACGAAGCUUACAAGACACUUUUAGAUGCAUUUGAACGUCAGAGUCGUCAUACAUCAUCUCAGUCUAAAGCUCGUCAUCGCUCCCCAACUCCGAGUGCCGCUUCGUCUUGCAAUGAGAGCAAAUCCGCUGGUUCAGAGUCUGGUACCAAGAGCACGCAGGAUGACAACGAACAACCGGCAGAAGAGCAGGCUCAACGCCCCACACAUCCUACCUCGCCUCCAGCAUCUCCUAAGAGCAAGCCUCAGAACUGUAGUUCCCCCAAUUCUGGGGAUUCUUCAUCCGCACAUUCAAAGACGGGGAAUCGUGGGCAAUCGCCGUCCCGUCCAACGCAUGAUGAGCAGCCGCAGCCAUCGUCAUCACAAUUUAGGAAUGACUCGCGUGGACAUGCUGCUUCUCAUAAUUCUAGCAACAAUUCACAUGGUUGUUCAUCAUCCUCACAUUCCAAAAUGAACUCCGAUGCACAGUCAACCUUCUCAUCCGCCAAGCAUGAUUCAGAUGCUCAUACAUGUCACUCGUCGCAUGCUCCUCAGGAAGCUCAUAAACGGCAUACACGCUCUCGAAAGCGGCACACACACCAGUGGUCCGAGGAUGGCGAUUAUCAGCACAGGGCUGCUGAGACCUCGCCAAAACGAUCGAAGCUUGACGAGGAUAUGAUCGACUACGAGAUCAUCAACCUUGGAACACCCAUUGCACCACUUCGUUCGCACGGAUCGAAAGGACAACUUUCAGAAGACUGGGCCUUUCCGCUGCAUCUUACACUCGAAGACAUCUACUUCGGAACGACACAUCGUUACCGAAUCACGCGUACUCUGCAGUCUGAGAGCACGCAAAGCGUCAAAAUUGAUGUUCGCGUCUCGCCCCGCUGGCGUAAUGGUACUCGUGUGCGCGUGGCGGGAGCUGGGAACCAACGAAAGGACGGGACGUUUCAAGACAUCGUCUUCAUUGUGGAGGAGGAGCCGCAUCCACGGUUCAAGCGCGUCCAUGAUGAUCUGGUCGUUUCGGUGCAAGUUCCGUGGAUAGAUGUGCGUCCUUGCCCGCGUGUGUAUCCGUCACGGGGAGACUGCGAGAAAUCCGUACGGGAGGACGAGCUGUACGUGCAAGGGUUUGACGGGGAGGAGUACGUGCUGUCCAUCCCACGAACACUUGUUGAAGGUGCGGACGGGACGCGCAUCAUUGGCGCCGGGAUGCCUAUCCACCAGGGCGGGAAGAUUGCGGGGAAAGGCGAUUUGAUUGUCAAAUGGGAUUUUGUGUUCCCAAAUGUGGAAGGUGCCCAACGUUCACGAUGGCAAGGCCUGAAGAAGGCGAUGUACUGGAGAUCAUGA